AUGAAACUUAUAAGAAAUGAUAAUAUACAUUUGAUUGCUGCUAAUGGUGAUCAUGAACUAAGUGUGUAUGUAGAAGACUUCAAUGGCCUCCACGCUUAUGCCAACUACUCACACUUUACAAUAGGUGACGAGAGUACGAAGUACCUGCUAGAUAUAACUGGAUUUGUUGGUGAUGCAGGUGAUGGAUUACAUAAUGGUAAUGGCAUGAAAUUUACCACGAAAGAUUCAGAUAACGAUAGGAACAGCGGUAAUUGUGCUGUUGAAAGGCAUGCUGGUUGGUGGUUUAAUAGUUGUGAUUAUGCUAAUUUGAAUGGGAGGUACAAUGACACAAAGGGUGCUGGUAAUUACUGGUAUCGAUGGAGACAAAAUACAAAGCCACUAAAAAAGUCUAUCAUGAUGAUUAAAAGAAAAUAA